AUGCAUCAAGAUAACGAGGAAAGUCCUCAACAGCAAGCCCCGGAACAGUAUACGUCGACUCUCUCUGUGCAGUCCAAAGCACACUUACCUCUCGCAUCGCAGAUGCUUCCACUCGAGCUAAAAUGGUUAAUCGUCCAAAUGGCGUGCACUCCAAAGAAGCCCUGUCUCGACUUCAUCACCAAAGGCCAUGACGGAUGCUUAGAUCCCUGGAGCUGCAAGCUCUCUCAUCUGGGCCCUGAAGAUACAUCGUUUUAUACCGUCAAACCCAACAUCACUUCCGUCUGCAGCUCUUUUCGCCACGAGGCGUAUAAAACAUUUUACCAAAACAACACAUUCGUAUUCCGGUCCAUGGGUGGCGAUCAAGCGGUGCGUGAGGGAGCUCGGCCCGGCGAAGCCGACCUACCCUGGGAAGAUCUCCGCGACCCCUACGCUUCCCGCAUUCUAGAAUUCAUCGACCGGCCAGAGUGGAAGAACAAAGGCUCGCGGUUCUUCAAGGACGACGGCCGCUACCAACACGGAGAUAAAUACCGCCACCUAAUCUGCAGCAUCAUCAUCAACAUCGAGCCGAACUGGGGCUCCCAGCACCACCAGGAUUGGGACUGGCCCUUGAAGGUCGACUGGAGCACCCUGCCGCAUCUCAAGUACCUGCAGCUGGAUCUCCGUACGUACUCGCGGCGAACAUGGGACGACUCGGAGGAGGCUUACGAUGAGAUAUUGGAGGCAGGAGCGGCGCGGAUGCGCUGUUUGAAUUUGGAUAAGCUUGUGCUGUUUGGAUUGUGUAGCUUUGAUCUGUAUUGGGGUGAUGAAGAUCAUAAGCGUAGGAUGGAGAAGUUAUUCAGGCCGGCGGUGAGGCCUGGUGGGAAGCUUGAGUUCUUGGACCAGCAAUCUUCUGUAAGGUGGUAAAAUUCAUGUUUUACAGCCGCGUUUAGUAUUCCGGCCACAUUGGCAUUGACAAUGAUACUACAGUUCAAAGC